AUGAAGCUUGUUUGGUCGCCCGAAACCGCCUCUGACGCCUACAUCGACACCGUUAGAUCAUCGGGAGAAACGGCGUUGUUUUGGCACGACAACUGGACCGGGUUGGGUCCCUUGAUCGAGAUAACCGGAGCAAACGGUCCGCAAGUUUCAGGUAUAGCUUUGUCAAGUGUGGUGUCUCAGGCUAUUUUCGAAGGGGAGUGGACCGUGACGAGAGGCCGUCACAGAGUCAUUCAGUUGCUGCGUGCGUGCCUGCCUGCUCAACCUCCUACACUUAUACAUGGUUCAGACGAUUACUUUUUAUGGAGAACUUCUGCUGAUACUGUACCUAGCCAAUUCUCAGCUUCUAGAACGUGGAAGGCGUUGCAUCCUUCACCAGCAACGGUGCCGUGGUAUAGCUCAAUUUGGUUCAAAUCUGGAAUUCCAAAGCACGCUUUCCAUGCUUGGGUCUCGGUCCGAGAAAAAAAAGAAAAAAAAAAAAAGAACUACAAAGAAUCAGGAGUGGCGGAGUUCUUAUCAGCUACGGCGGCUGGAUGGAACGCGAGGCUAAUCGUUGAGACAUGGUCACGCGGGGAUCCAAUCGCGACAAGCGUGGGACUAGCGGUUGCUGCAGCUCACACGUCAGGGAGACACGUGUGCAUAGUACCAGACGAACAGUCGAAACAUGAGUACGUAUUAGCCAUGAGAGGAGCGGUUGCUACGGAAGCUACGGAGGUCGUGGUGGUCAGAGAAUCUACAGAGAACACUAUGGAGGAGUUUCCCGGCGUGGACUUCUUGGUGGUGGACUCAAAGCGACGAGAGUUCUUAAGAACGCUGAGGUCUGCGAAAUUAAGCAACAAGGGCGCCGUUUUAGUGUGUAAAAACGCCGCGCAGAGAGCGGCAUCUGGGUUCAAAUGGCAAGAUGUGUUGAAUGGAGGAACACGUGUAGCGAGAUCCGUGUUUUUGCCUGUUGGGAAUGGGUUAGAUAUCGCACACGUGGGAGCUAUCGGUGGUCACCAACGUGGUGAAUCAAGAAAGCAUCCUAGCCGUUGGAUAAGACACGUGGAUCAUCUAUCGGGAGAGGAGCAUUUGUUCAGACGAUAGAAUUGAAAUUUACUCUUUUUU